GAGCCAAAACCUCUCCUGAUCCCGUAAUGAAGAAAACGAAGACGAUGGUGGCUUCCAUCUCCACCCUUAUUAGACGGACCUAUCCUUCAACUAACCAGUGUAAUUCACUCGCGACGAUUCAAUCACAAACCCAAUUGCCUCGCGAAUCUCUGCAACAUCAUUCUUCAGCUGAGGGACGACUCCGAUUCUCCGGGAGAGUUUUCUGCUCGGAAUCUGGCGCCGGAUGCUGGAACUGUGGCGAGAAAGCUGCCUUUUUGUUCUGUAACUCAUGCCGUAGCAUUCAACCUGUUGAUGACUCCGUCGACUAUUUUCAGAUUUUUGGCCUGGAGAAGAAGUAUGAGAUAGAUCCUGGAAGCCUUGAAGGCAAGUACAAAGAUUGGCAAAAGAAGCUACAUCCUGAUUUAGUUCAUAACAAAUCUAAGAAAGAACGAGACUACGCAGCCGAGCAGUCUGCAAAGGUGACUGAAGCGUGCCGGACAUUAACAAAGCGGCUGUCGAGAGCAAUGUAUAUCAUGAAGCUGAAUGGUGUAAAUGUCAAUGAAGAAGAAACAAUAACAGACCCAACAUUGUUAAUGGAGAUUAUGGAACUCAGAGAGGCCAUAUCAGAAGCAGAUGAUUCAACAUCGUUAAACCAGAUCCGAUCCCAGGUACAAGAGAAACUAAAGCAAUGGUCUGACUCUUUCGUCGAAGCGUUUGAAAGCCAGAAGUUUGAUGAUGCUGUAAAAUGUAUACAGAGAAUGACUUAUUACGAGCGAGCCUGCGAAGAAAUUUUGAAGAAGCUAUGAGGCAAUUAGUCCUCCCUUAAAAACGAACACGUUUUUUUUUAUGUUUGCCUUAUAGCUUUACGGGUCACAUUUGAAAGGAACAGAUCAUGGCUCAUAACUGAAAGUAUCUUAGCUACAUGUUUUAGUUUAGUUAUAUAGAACAGAGGACUCUGUAUUUGUAAUAAGAGGAUUUACAGAUUUCGUAUCUGUUCAUGGGCUCGAUUUAUGGGUUUCACUUAUGGGCUGUUUAUGGGCUGUUUAUGGGCUCGAUUCCUAGAAUAUUCCCAUGUAUUCUCAAAAAUCCCCAAAGAGAAGUCAGGCAUAGCUCCUAGUGUAGGUGAAUGACUGAAUUCCCACUAAAUCUUUCUACUCG